AUGGACGUCGGCAGUCCCACAAUACCGCCCUACACAAACUGGACAUUCUCUACAAACUUCCCACUUCCCUACCGCGUACUGUUUGUCUCCGUCUUUGGCCUUUGGGCGUGGGCCACUAAUGUUCACUUCCUUUCCUUGUUCUCCAUAGAUGUACCUACUGUUCUCUCGUUUCACGUAGACAAAACCACCACAUCAUAUAAACCUAUAUACUCAAUCGCGCUUAUACUGUCCAUAUGGAUAGCUGGAAAUUUUUGGGUGUUUCGAAUAGUGACAAAUGGAGAUGUAGUCGCAGUUGGAGAAUGGACGGUGUUGCCGUUGACUUGUUAUGCUGUCGUGUUUGGGAUGUUGUUAUGUCCGUUUAAUGUCAUUAGACGGAGAGAGAGGUUUAAAUUUAUGAGAUGUCUCCGUCGCGUCCUAUUCUCGGGCUUCCAGUCUGAAGUGCAUUUCUCCGAUACCAUACUUGCCGAUAUUUUGACCUCUUUCGCAAAAGUUCUCGGUGAUUUAUACGUCUCUGCAUGCAUUUUACUUUUCAUAACGGCCAAUGGAGGACAGAACUUUUCGGCUAAUCGCUGUUGGAGUUAUGUUAUUGCGCCUCUGUUUACGAGUUUGCCCUACUUGGUUCGAUUCCGACAAUGCAUUACUGAAUAUUGGGCAUCCAAUGGCACAAAGAAACGACAUUUAUUUAAUGCGCUGAAAUACGCUUCGGCAUUUCCCGUUAUCUUGUUUUCUGCUUUGCAAAAGCACUACGCAACGGCCGAGGAGGGAAUGUGGAUUGCUGAUCAUAAUAUACAUACAUUGUGGCUCAUCUCUGUAGCGAUAAAUUCUAUGUAUUCUUUUUACUGGGACGUGGCUAUGGAUUGGCAACUUAAUUUCUUUACGCCCAGUUCUCCCAAGACCUUUGUUCCCUCUUUCUCUCUCCGCCCAACCCUCACAUUCGAACCGCUCUCUUAUUAUUUUGCCAUUCUUCUUGACUUUCUUCUGCGCUUCACAUGGUCGCUAAAGAUAUCAUCUCAUCUGCAUGUCAUUGCCGAAUUGGAAGCUGGUGUGUUUAUGAUGGAGGUGCUAGAAGUGGUUAGGCGAUGGAUGUGGAUAUUUUUCAGACUAGAGUCUGUUUGGGCUCAGGAAGGCGGAAUUUAUGGAAAACUUGGAGGGCAGACGGGGAAUAAGAUCAGUUUGUCUGAUCUGGGUGUUGGAAGACGUGAGGAAAACGAGGGAGACAGUUUGAGUGAGGAUAGCAAAGUUGAAGACAAUGUAAUUGAUUGGGAAGGAAACUAA